CGGAAGUCGUUUUUUUUUUUGUGUUUCUUUACAGAUGUCUUCGCUGUCGGAUUAAUUCAUACAUUGAUGUCAAACUCCUACAGUCAACAGCCGGAGCAGCAGUGAGAUGGCUGCUGAUGAUAAGUCCUCGUCUUCCUCCACUACGGAUUGGAGCGUGGAUCCGCCCAUCAUCUCGCCAACAAGCCCCUCCCACCUCACACACUUCAAACCACUGACUCCAGAGCAGGACGACCCUCCCCUCCGCUCGGCGUACAGCUCGUUUGUCAACCUGUUUCGCUUCAACAGCAAAGAGGAGGGACGUCCUCCCUCAUCGCUCUCAGAGAAGUCCGAUGUGGCGUCGUCCCCCUCUCCUCAGUCAGAGAGGAGAAGCUGGUCCUCCAGUCCAACACACUCCCUCUACAACUCCAGAACACACAGGAAGCCAGAACACCUCCGACGCACCUCCAUAGCCUCAGUGGACUGGCCAGAUGGCAGCAGGAAGUCAGACACACCUCUCAGUAACCACGACCCUCGCACAGCGGUGCAGCUCCGCACUGCACUGAAGAGGCUGAAGGAGAUAAUGGAGGGGAAGAGCCAGGACAGCGAUCUGAAGCAGUACUGGAUGCCGGACAGCCAGUGCAAAGAGUGUUACGACUGCAAUGAGAAGUUCACGACCUUCCGCCGCCGACACCACUGCAGACUGUGCGGACAGAUCUUCUGCAGCCGCUGCUGCAACCAGGAGAUCCCCGGGAAGUUCAUGGGCUACACGGGAGACCUGCGGGCGUGCACGUACUGCAGGAAGAUCGCUCUCAGCUACGCUCACUCAGCUGACUCUGGAACCAUCGGAGAGGAUCUGAGUGCCCUGUCUGACUCCCCCUCCACGGUGUGUGUGCUGGAGCCCAGCGAGCCUCGCACCCCUGUGGGGGGGCGCAAAUCCAGCAGGAACAUAUUCCUCGAGGAGGACCUCACCUGGCAGAGAAAAACUCCUAUUGGGAUGAGAAAGAAUAUGAUUCACCAGGAGCAGCAGAGCAGCGGCCUGACUUCCAGACUCAACACGCUUCAGGAAGACGUCGGAAAAUCACCUGCGAGGAAGAGGUCGGCCAGUGUGACCAACCUGUCUCUGGACCGCUCCGGUUCCUCCAUCGUUCAGGCCUACGACAGCUCCGUCAGCCCCCCCUCCAGCAGGGCCCUGUCCGGCACCAAGAGCGGCUCCAAGCUGGACCACAGCGAGGAGGAGAGGAAGAUCCUGCUGGACUCGUCGCAGCUGAAGGACUUGUGGAAGAAGAUCUGCCACAACAACACAGGGAUGGAGUUCCAGGACCACAGAUACUGGCUGCGGACCUACCCCAACUGCAUUGUGGGAAAAGAGCUCGUCAACUGGCUGCUGAGGAAUGGCACCAUCUCCACCAGGGCGCAGGCGAUCGCCAUAGGUCAGGCGUUAGUGGACGGCCGCUGGCUGGACUGCGUCACACAAAACGACCAGCUGUUCAGGGACGAGUACGCUCUCUACCGCCCCCUGCAGAGCACAGACUUCUCAGAAACUCCGUCUCCAGACAGCGACAGCGUGAACUCUGUGGAGGGACACUCAGAGCCGUCCUGGUUCAAAGACAUCAAGUUUGAUGACAGCGACACAGAGCAGCUGGCAGAUGAGGCCGAGGACACCAUGCCCAACUCAGCGAGCCCCAGUAAGAGAACAUCAGUCAGCAGUUCCCAGUCGGCAGUGGACAGUGACUCAGCGUCCUCCAUCAACCUCAACAUGGAGCAGAACAACGUCAACUUCCACAUCAAGAAGCAGGCCAAAUAUCCUCAUGUGCCUCCUGCCUCUGAGCAGAAAGCUGAGUAUCUCUUGUCUGAGGACGGAGGACAGAAUAUCGUCAUAAGUGAUGCCUUUAUCAAGGAGUCUCUGUUUAACCGCCGUGUGGAGGAGAAGGCCAAAGAGAUCCUGUUCACGCCUCUGGGCUGGCACCACAGCUCUCUGGACCAGCUGAGGGAGGAGAACGGAGAGAAGAAGGCCAUGGAGAGGCUGCUCUCGGCCAACCACAGCCACAUGAUGGCUCUGCUGCAGCAGCUGCUCUACAGCGAGUCUCUGUCUCUGUCCUGGCGGGACAUCAUCGUGCCCGUCGUGCGGCAGGUGGUGCAGACCGUGAGGCCCGACGUCCGCAACUGUGACGACGACAUGGACAUCCGCCAGCUCGUCCACAUCAAGAAGAUUUCAGGAGGCAAGAAGUUUGAUUCGACGGUGGUAAAUGGCUUCGUGUGCACCAAGAACAUCGCCCACAAGAAGAUGAACCCCUACAUCAAGAACCCUAAAAUCCUGCUGCUGAAGUGCUCCAUCGAGUAUCUGUACAGAGAGGAGUCCAAGUUCUCCUGCAUCGACCCCAUCGUGCUGCAGGAACGAGAGUUUUUGAAGAACUACGUGCAGCGCAUCGUAGACGUCCGUCCCACGCUGGUGUUGGUGGAGAAGACUGUGUCUCGAAUAGCUCAGGACAUGCUGCUGGAGCACGGCAUCACGCUGGUCAUCAACGUCAAACCGCAAGUCCUGGACCGGGUGAGCCGUAUGACGCAGGGAGACCUGGUGAUGUCGAUGGACCAGCUGCUCACCAAACCUCGUCUGGGAACCUGCCUCAAGUUCUACAUGCAGCCCUUCAUCCUCGCCAACAAUGAGCCAAAGACUCUGAUGUUCUUCGAGGGUUGUCCUCAUCACCUCGGCUGCUCCAUAAAGCUUCGCGGCGCCUCCGAGUACGAGUUGGCCCGUGUGAAGGAGAUCAUCAUACUGAUGGUCUGCGUGGCGUACCACUCCCAGCUGGAGAUCUCUUUCCUCAUGGACGAGUUCGCCAUGCCGCCCAGCCUCGCUCAAAGCACCUCGUUCCCCUGCCUCCUCGAGGGCACGUCUGCAGAGGAGGAGGAGGAAGAGGAUGAUGGGGAAAGCAGAAAGCCAGAUAUGAAUGAAGAGAGCCAGGAGAAAACUGUAAAAACUGAAGAUUCUGCACAACAAGAGGAAGGGUUUCCAUCUGAGUCUUUAUCCACAAAUGGAGAUAAAGACACUCUCCAAGAGAAACAGACCUCUCCUUCCUUUGUCAAAGACGAGGAGGGUUGUAACGCUGAGAAAAUGACUUCCUCGCCACUUUCCAGUCACAUUUUACCAAUCAUACCCUUCUCUCUUCCAUUCCUCAUUGAAGAAGAUCCGGAGACGAGCUCAGACACGCUCAUCAUGCAGUCUGAGGGGGAGACGAUGGGGGAGGGGAGCUUAUUGAAGGGGGAGUCGCAGGAUAUGGAAGAAAUGGAUAGUUCGGAGACCACCACUACGCCCAGGUUGUUUCGGGACCCCCUGCAGGACGACACGGGGAUGUUUGUGGCCGAGCAGGUGGCGUCUACAGAUGACCGUCUGAAGUCCAUCUCUGCCGUCUUCAAGCAGGAGCUGAAGGACAUCAUCCUGUGCAUUUCCCCCUUUAUUACAUUCAAAGAGCCCUUUCUUCUGAUGCCUGCAGGCAUGCACUGCCCCAGCAGGGAUUACUUCCCCGAACAGGUGUUCCUCUCUCCUCUCCUCGACAAGGACUUCAAGGAGCUGGACGGGCGCAGGAAGCGGCAGCUCCUCAAAGACUCCGCCCCCUCCUCUCUGCUGAACGGACAGACGAACGGCGCCCCCCCGAUGAAGCCCGUUGACGUCCUGCCGUCCCACAGCCUCACCAGCACGCGCAUCAUCGAGCAGCUGAGCGGCAGCCACGAUCUGGCCAAGAUGCUGGCGGACUACAGAGCCAAGGGGGGGCGAAUCCGACAGAGAGAAGCCCCAGAUCCCUUCAGCAGCUCCAGCCUCGUGGCUCCGGUCAGCGCCUCGACGGGGGGGAGAACCCUCCUGAAGACCGACAGCGAGGACGAGAAGACGGGGAAACUGAAUGAUGUGAACUGGGCCCCCAAGCUGGACUGUCUGAACCCGGUCAACCAUCAGAGGCUGUGUGUUCUCUUCAGCAGCUCGUCAGCGCAGUCCAACAACGCUCCCAACCCCUGCGUCAGCCCCUGGAUUGUCACAAUGGAGUUCUACGGCAAGAAUGACCUCUCUCUCGGCGUGUUCUUGGAGCGAUACUGUUUCAGGCCUUCCUACCAGUGCCCCAGCAUGUACUGUGAGACUCCCAUGGUGCACCACAUCCGGCGCUUCGUGCACGGCAGCGGCUGCGUGCAGAUUGUUCUGAAGGAGCUGGACUCUCCGGUGCCGGGCUAUCAGCACACCAUCCUCAACUACUCCUGGUGCCGCGUCUGCAAACAGGUGACUCCAGUGGUGCCGCUCUCCAACGACUCGUGGUCCAUGUCCUUCGCUAAAUACCUGGAGCUGCGUUUCUACGGACACCAGUACACCAGGAGAGCCAACGCUGAGCCCUGCGGACACUCCAUCCACAAAGACUACCACCAGUACUUCUCCUACAACCAGAUGGUGGCCUCCUUCAGCUACACUUCUGUCCGGCUGCUGGAGAUUUGUCUUCCUCGUCCCAAGAUCUUCAUCAGGAACCUGGGACCCUCUAAAGCCAACAUGCAGCAGGACCUGAAGGACUUCUCUCUGAAAGUGACUCAGGUGUAUCUGGCCAUAGACGACCGCCUCACCUCCCUGAAGACCGACACCUUCAGUAAGACUCGAGAGGAGAAGAUGGAGGACCUUUUUGCUCAGAAAGACAUGGAGGAGGCGGAGCUGCGCAGCUGCAUGGAGAAGCUCCAGGCUCGACUGCAGGCCUGCGGGGUGGAUUCUCCUCAGCAGGUGCAGGCAGUGCUGGAGUCUCUGGUGAUGAAGAAGCAGAGUCUGUGUGAGAUGCUGCAGUCCUGGAACGGCAGGCUGCAGGACUUGUUCCAGCAGGAGAAAGGCAGGAAGCGUCUCUCCGUCCCCCCGAGCCCCGGCAGACACAGACAGACCACCGAGGAGAGCAAGAGUGCCCUGGAGUCCUCCCCUCGUAACCCCUCACCUGUGGUCCAGAACGGAGACAAGGAGGACCGUCACCUCUGCACACUGCCCUCCACCUCCUCCUUCCUGCUGCCGUCCCCAGGAGACCCCGCGUCUGAUCCCUUCACACCUGGACCCUCCUUCACUGAGCAGGACUCUCUCAGCCUCCCAGAGGAUGUGUUUGACGGACACCUGCUAGGCUCCACUGACAGUCAGGUGAAGGAGAAAUCCACCAUGAAGGCCAUCCUCGCCAACUUCCUGCCCGGCAACAGCUACAACCCCAUCCCCUUCCCGUUCGACCCGGACAAACACUACCUGAUGUACGAACACGAGCGAGUUCCCAUCGCCGUCUGCGAGCGAGAGCCCAGCUCCAUCAUCGCCUUCGCUCUCAGCUGUAAGGAGUAUAAAACGGCGCUGGAUGAUUUCUCCAAAGCUUCAAACACAGGCGGGGACGAGACUCCUGUGGUCACCAGUGCUGGAGAGAGUCGGACUAAGAGCAGCCCAGCGAGGCCCAGCGAGUCGGUGUCAUCUCAGCACAGCCGCAGCAGCAUGGACUCGGAUCCUCUCAAGGAUGCAGACUUGUCAGAUAAACAGAAAAAACAAACCAUGAAUCCACACGUCGAGCUACAAUUCUCCGAUGCCAACGCUAAGUUUUACUGCCGGGUCUACUAUGCCGAGGAGUUCCACCAGAUGAGAGAGCAGAUCAUGGAGAGCUCGGAGGAAGACUUCGUCCGCUCGCUGUCGCACUGCGUCAACUGGCAGGCCCGCGGGGGGAAGUCUGGAGCCGUCUUCUACGCUACAGAAGAUGACCGGUUCAUCCUGAAGCAGAUGCCCCGUCUGGAGGUGCAGUCCUUCCUUGACUUUGCUCCUCACUACUUCACCUACAUCACCGGGGCCGUGCAGCAGAAAAGGCCGACGGCGCUGGCGAAGAUCCUGGGAGUUUACAGGAUCGGUUACAAGAACUCUCAGAACAACACGGAGAAGAAGCUGGACCUGCUGGUGAUGGAGAACCUGUUCUACGGGCGCAAGAUGGCUCAGGUGUUCGAUCUGAAAGGUUCUCUGAGGAACCGGAACGUGAAGACGGACUCGGGGAAGGAGAGCUGCGAGGUGGUUCUUCUGGACGAGAACCUGCUGAAGCUGAUCCACGACAACCCGCUGUACAUCCGCUCGCACUGCAAGGCCAUCCUGAGAGCCGCCAUCCACAGCGACGCCUACUUCCUGUCCAGCCACCUCAUCAUCGACUACUCGCUGCUGGUUGGUCGAGACGACGCCACCGAUCAGCUGGUGGUCGGGAUCAUAGAUUACAUCCGGACCUUCACCUGGGACAAGAGGCUGGAGAUGGUCGUCAAAUCCACAGGAAUCCUGGGGGGUCAAGGGAAGAUGCCCACUGUGGUUUCUCCGGAGCUAUACAGAGCCCGCUUCUGCGAGGCCAUGGAUAAAUACUUCCUGAUGGUACCGGACCACUGGACCAGCCUGGGCAUCAACUGCUGAGUGGAGUGUGUGUCGGUGCACAAACACACAAACACACAAACACACAGGAAGUCGCUCUCCUCGGGUCCAACACAAGCACACUGGACUGUAAAUGUUUGUCAGUAAAGUAACGCCUGUAUAUAAAGUAGCUCCGCAUCAUUCCACAUGAAGAUGAUUUUUUAUCCCGUCAGUAUUACAGAUUAUAAUGUCUCCCCUGUGAUGUGCGUCAGGGAGGGUCUGUUGUUUUAUUAGUGCCAAGCUGUUUCAAGAGGACCCGCUGAAAACAUCCAGUCGUCUGGAUUAUAGUUUGGUUAACUGAUGUUGUGUAAUUUAAAGUUUGUAAAUGUACAGAGAUUAUGGAACUAUUAAAAGGUUAUUAACACUGAUUUGUUGAUCGGUGAUUUCACAUUUGCAAUAAAGCUGAUGUUGUUUACACUGAAUGAUUGAACUCUGGCAGAUCAACCAUCACUUGUUGUUUACAGCGUCUCAAGUUUGUAUAA